CACAGACCUGAGACUGACCUGCACCACCAGCCCCCUUUGCAAUAACUCUCUUUCUCUCUCUCAUUUAUUUUCCCUCUCUUUCCUUUCCUUUCUCCCAAACAACAAACCAAAACCCAACACCAACACUACACACACCCCUCCUCCCUGUCACGUGACUUUCUCUCCCUCUCUUCGUUCAUCGAUCCCUAUCUAUUCUCUUCGCAUCUUCUGUUACUUUUUAAUAAUAAUAACCUUUAAGGUAUAUAUACACACCUCUCUCUCUCUUUCUCUCAUUUUCUUUAUUUUUCUCUCUUUCUUUUCUCAGACGCUAUAUAUAAUGUCUUCUCAGUUUUCUCCACCAUCGCCGCCAUUGACGACCUUCUUCCCCUCCACCGCCGUGCCUCCUCCGAUCCCUCACCACCACGCUCCUUCUCUCAGCCCGAGCAUUCUCAUUAUUAUACUAAUUCUCGCUGUCACCUUCGUAGCCUCCGUCUCGCUGUGUUUUCUACUCCGCCACCUCAACCGCCGCUGUCUCCGUCAUCUCUCGCCUUCUUCUUCGACGUCCUCCUCCGCCGUUGUUGCAAACGUCGACUCUCUCCGCAUCUCCAGCCGCCGUGUCUCGCCGGAGAAUCCUACCACGGCGCUUAUUGAAUCGCUGCCGCUCUUCACAUUCUCCUCCCUCACGCGCCGGAACACUUCCGCUGCCGAUUGUGCGGUUUGCUUGUCUAAGUUCGAAGCCGAUGACCAGCUCCGACUUCUACCACUCUGUUGCCACGCUUUCCACGCGUUCUGUGUAGACACUUGGCUACAGUCGAACCAGACGUGUCCGCUGUGUCGAUCGCAGAUUUUCGUCUCCGAGGCCGAAAUUCUCAAGACGCUUCUCCCGCCGGAUGGAGAGAACCACGGCGCCGAUAGUUUCAGAAUCGAGAUAGGCAACGUCAGUCGCCGCCAGCCGACUUCGGAGUCCGGCGCAUCGACGCGGCGGUCCUAUUCCAUUGGAUCGUUCGAGUAUCUCGUCGACGACGAUUCGGAGAUCGUCCUCGGCAAUGCUCACCGGAGAACGACAUCAGACUUCAAGGAAGAUCAAUUUAGACCGCCUCCGGCAUCUCAUUUGCCAGCGCCGGAGCCGAGUCUGGUGGCGGAAGUUGCCUCGGGGAGGAGCUGGCUAAAGGAGUAUGUAGACAGGCUCUCAAUGUCGCUAUCUUCACGUGCUCAAUCGUUUCGGAGCUCCGGAAGAUUUUUCAGCGGAAGCAGUCGGCGGAGCGAGGUCACCGGCGUCGGAGACUGGGACCUUGAAGCUUGCCGUGUUGGGGAAGAGAUUAGCGAGCUAUUCCGGUGGGCUUCAGGGGUAUGAUAAGUAAAUAAGAAACUUUUUAGGACUAAAUAGUAAAAAAAUAUUAAAAAGAAAUUCUUUGAUUUGGUUGGUUAAUGGUUACGUAAAUACAAUUUUUAGUAUUUUUUUUUACUGCUUGAACUUGAAUGAAGACUGGAGAAGGCUACUACAUGAGAUUGAGAUUUGUCAUUUGCGUGAUCUGGUGGGUGAGGACACACACUAAUAAACGGUGUGUUUUCAUUUAUGAUAGACCGAGUUAGUGACCAACCUUUUUAAUGAAGGAAAAAAAAAAGCCAAUAUUUGACCCCACUAUUUCUAUUCUUUUUUUUUUUCUUUUUCUGUAGAAUUAUUAUUUUAUUUUUUAAAAUUUUGGUAUUGUGUUACGACUUUGAUCUUGCAUAGAUUAAAGUUGACAUUGUAAAUAGACUUUAUAAUCUAUUCCCACUAAUUUAAUGUAACUUAUUAUAAUAAUAA